CAGGGGAGGAAAAGAGCGAGGGAAAAGAAAGGAGUGACAGAGGCACAUUCAGCCUACGAGAGCAAGGAGGAGUGGAGCUGUCGGUGCAUGGAGUAGGGAACUUGCUGCCUGUGGGAAAGUAAACAGCACAGGCUAUUUGCCGCCCUCUCAGGGGCCUCAGUCCGGCAGCAGUGGCUAAGCGAGGGAUGAGGAUGUGUUCAAAGAGGCUGCUGAUUUCAUAGCAGGAAGUGCAUGGGAGGCUGUUGGGAUUAAAGUCCCUCUUGGGAGAUACUAACACUCCCCGUUCAUUCAACAAAGCAUGCAAGGGCUCCAUGAAAAGGGGUCUUUUCUCUUGAGUGGGGGGUAGGAGGAGAGAAGACAGAAGAGGAGGCUGUGAACUCUCCCUAAUUCCAAAGGCUCACUGGGGAACAGAGGGAUCUUACAAAACUCCCUAAACCCAAAUAUACUCACCGACUCACAGAUGGCUAAAGGGAUAGUCCAAACCUAUGUCCACAGUUUCAUCUCAGCAGCUGGCGGAGGAUGUGGAGGACAACGAGCAGAGGAAGGGAUUCAGAUGUAAAGAUGAGAUUAGCAAAGAAGAGAGCAGGACUCCAUCUGGAGACAAUACAAGCAAAUACAGUGAACUCCAGAUACUUUCAAGUGCACUAGAAGCAACGCAGAAAAAACAAUCAGAUCUAUUCCAAGACGCCAGUACAAGUUCCCCUGCUGGGUGUACCAAUACUCACAGUGAAAAACCCAUGUCCACAGCUUCAUCUCAUCAGCAGCUGGGGGAGAAAGUGGAGGAUAAAGAGCAGAGAGAGAAAUCCAGAUGUAAAGAUGAAAUCAGCAAGACUGACGCUGGAGAUGAGACCAGCACUUGUACAGUCUGGACCUGCUCAAGUGACUUAGAAUCAACUCCAGAUAAGCAGGCAGAUUAUUCAUCCCAAGCCACAAUGACAAGUUACCCUGUGGAGUGCUCAACUAUUAACAAUGCAACAGACAGUAAAAGAGAUCAAGCUUCAACAGACUCUACAGCACCAGAGGAUUUAAAUGAAGAGGAAGACCACACUUGCACUGUGGUGAAGAUCCAGAGAGAUACAUGCACUAUUAAAACAAACGCAGGGACAGAGGAUUUCAGACACAGCCCAUCACAAAAUGCUGAAGGAAAUGUGUCUACAGAAUCAGAACACCAGACGGCUGGUCCGGAGGUGAUCUAUGAUGAUGUUCCCAGUGAAGAUCUGUCUUCAGGAGAAGCUGACUUGAUAUAUGAAGACGUUCAGAAAGAGGAGGGCUUGCAAGGGCCCAAUAAUGGCUGGAGCUCAAGUGAGUUUGAAAGCUAUGAUGAGCAGUCUGACUCUGAGAGGCCGCCAACCCGCAGCAAGCUCUCCCCUGAUGUGCGGCGACUGAGAGACCGUUACACCAGGACCAAACAGGAGCUAGCCAUGAGACUGGGGGGCAAACACCAGGUCCAUCAGCUGAUGCGGGCGGCACGCAGCGGAACGAAAGAUGGCCUGGAGAAGACCAAAAUCGCUGUGAUGAGGAGAGUUUCAUUCCUACAUAAAAAGGACCACUCAGAUGACACCGAGGAUGAUACAGGGUAUCUGGAUGUGAUGGUAUCUGAAGCAAAACACCCACCUGCACAACUGGGACCAAUGCCAGAUGGACUAAGCAGCCAGCAGAUUGUUAGACGCCAUAUUUUGAGCUCCAUUGUGCAAAGUGAAAGAAGUUACCUGGACUCUCUUAAAAGAAUCCUGCAGGAAUACCAGCGACCGCUGAUGGAGGCUGAGCCUCGGAUUCUCAGUGUCAGGAAAAUCCGGCCAAUUUUUUUCCGUCUACGAGAGAUCACGCAGUGUCACUCCAUGUUCCAGAUAGCCUUGGCAUCUCGGGUGGCCGAAUGGGACUCUUGUGAAAAAAUUGGGGACCUGUUUGUAGCUUCAUUUUCCAAGUCUAUGGUGCUGGACGUUUAUAGUGAUUACGUCAAUAACUUCACCAAUGCCAUGGCCCUCAUUAAGAAAGCCUGCUUGUCUAAACCAGCAUUUCUGGAGUUCCUCAAGAGGAAGCAGGCAUCGAGCGUUGAUCGCAUAACCCUUUAUGGUCUGAUGGUGAAGCCUAUUCAGCGCUUUCCACAGUUCAUUCUCCUCUUGCAGGACAUGCUGAAGAACACUCCCACUGGCCAUGUGGACAGACUGCCCUUGCAACUGGCUCUGACUGAAUUGGAGACCCUCGCUGAGAAACUCAAUGAGCAGAAAAGGGUGGCUGAUCAGAUCACUGAGACACAGCAGCUGGCCCGCUGUGUCAGUGACCGUUCUCUCAGCAAGUUGCUCAACUCGGAGCAGAGCUCUUUGAUCCUUUGUGAGACGCUGAUUGAGACGGUGUACGGUGAACGAGGACAGGUCCUCAAGUCUAAGGAGCGGAAAGUCUUUCUCUUCGGUGACGUGCUCAUCUGUGCCAACAUCAAUGUCAAGGGGCCCCCUGACAUCAGCAGUUUGGUCCCAGUUGGUCCCAAGUACACCCUCAAAUGGAGCGCCCCCUUACAGCAGGUCCAGGUAGUUGAAGUGGGUCAAGAAGCAUCCCAAUCCAAGGACACACUUUAUCAGCUUGGAAGUGUCAAGCGUCCGGGCAGCUCUUUUGGACAAGGAAGUAUCAUUCUCGGGCCGCCCCGCCUGUAUCACGAACUGCAGGAGCUGCAGCACGACCUCUCAGUAGUGGAGCAGGUCACUCUGCUCGUGGGAACUUUACAGGGAACGUAUCAGAAUCUGAACACCACAGUGGCGCAGGACUGGUGUUUGGCACUGCAAAGGCUGAUCCGCAUCAAAGAAGACCAAAUUCAGAACGCCAACAAGUGCCGUUUACGACUGCAAGUUCCUGGCAGACCAGACAAGUCCGGGCGUCCUGUGAGCUUCACGGUGGUCUUCAACACACCGAGCCCCGUCAGCAAGAUUUCCUGGGCCAACCGGUUCCACCUGGCGAAGAUAGCACUGAGAGACGAAAACACACCAGGUUGGUUCUUUGCAGAGGAUGAUGGCAAGACAAAAGCUCCAUUUUGGUGUCCACUGCUGGCCUGCCGCAUGCCUGUUUUCACCUCUAAAGCCCCGGAAUGGAAGCUGGAGGCUGCUCUUCAUAAUCCUGUUCAGUGUGCUUUACUCGGUUUCUCAGCGGCAAGCACUUCACUUCCUCAAGGCUACCUGUGGGUAGCUAGUGGAGCUGAUUCCACUCAAGGCCAGGUGGACAUCUUCUCCUUGAACAGACCCACACCUCGGCCUGUAAAAUCCCUCCAGAUGGGAGCUCAAGUGAGGUGUCUGGAGUAUGUGCCUGAGCCCAGCCCAUCAGAGGAUGCGGAAACCAGCCUGCACAGCUCCACUGAAGUUGGAAAUACUAUCUGUGUAGGACUUGAUGAUGGCAGCAUCUUGGUCUAUGGCAGUAUGGACUCCGCUGCCCAGUGUCUUGUGACUCUCCAUAAUCCUGAGGGCUGUCCAGUUUUGUGUCUCAAACAUUGCAAUAAUGUUCUGUUUGCUGGCCUGCGGGAUGGAAAGCUCAUGGUGUAUGAGAGACAUCACAGAGGGGGACUUUGGAACCAAGACACCUCUAGAAAAGUAACAAUUGGUUCACAUCCCAUCAGGACUCUGCUGGCUUUGGAGAACUCGGUCUGGGCUAGCUGUGCUAACACAGUUACUGUAGUCAACGGCUCCAGUUUGUCCACUCAGAGAUUUGAGGUCCAUCAGGACCCGAUGGUGAGUGUGGCCCACAUGGUGCGAGCCGGAGGUGGUGUAUGGAUGGCUUUUUCUGAAGGCUCUUCUAUACGUUUGUUCCAUACGGAAACACUGGAGCACCUGCAGGAGAUCAACAUUUCCACACCCUCGUCAUUUUACAACCCCAGUCAAAAGAGCAUGAGGGUCACCAGCCUGUUGAUUUGCCAGGGGCUGCUGUGGGUAGGCACUGCUCAGGGUAUUAUCAUCACCCUGCCAGUGCCUAAGCUGGAGGGCAUCCCCAAAAUUACAGGUAAGGGGAUGAUGUCCUUCAAUGCUCACUGCGGGCCUGUGGAUUUCUUAGUUGCCCUUUCCAGCACAUUGUCCCCUGAUCUUCUAAAACGGGACUCUGUGAUAGAAGGUCACGAUUCGGGCUGUGGAGUGGAGGACCGCAGCGACUCAUCCUCUCAGGAAUCCCUCCAGCAGCCCAGUGUUUCUACCCAGGUGGAUGGAAAAGGGAAGGGACGGGGUGUUUUACUACAGUACCGUCUACGCUCAACCUCAGGGUUACCCGGACGGCCAUUAACCGCACGAGGAGACGAAGCCUCAGACUCAUCUCUAGAGUCUCUGGAGCACAGCAUGGAAGAUGGCUCAAUUUAUGAACUCAGCGAUGAUCCAGACAUGUGGGUCCGGGGUCGACCCUGCGAGAGGGAAGGGGUGAGGCGGGACAGGGUCACCUCGGUCGCAGUCAUUUCGGGAGGUAAAGGUUUCCGUCGACUAAGGGAGGGAUCGGUGACAGCCACUAUGGAAAGCACACUUAUGAUCUGGCAGCUUCCUCUCACUGUUUGAGCUGAAAUUUGUUGAUUUACUCAUCCUCAUGUCAUUCCAAUACCCUCUUGACUUCCUCUUGAAUUUAUACACCGGUCACUCUUUUCAGUUCAGUUAUGAUAAAUAGACCAUAAUUGGGUUUAAAGCUAUGUUGAAUUGAAUGGAGAUACGAGGCUGUGAGUGAUAAACUAAUCGAACACAGUUAUGAUGGUCUUAGAGAACAGAGUAUCCAUAACUUUUACUGUUGUUUUUUUUUUUUUUUUUUUUUUUUGGUAAUCCUUUUUUUGUCAGCUAGAUUGCUGGUAUGCUAACAAACAGCAUUACAAUAUUUUGAAGUCACUGUAGUUUUAUACCUCACAGCCUUCUCGUUCUCAAUAUAUAUAUAU